CCAGACAAAAGAGAGGACAUGGGUGGGAUUUAAAUGGGAGGGGAUCAGCUGUCUGAAGAAUGGGUGGCAUUGUCGAUUUCAACGCCUCUCAUCAAAUGAUGCAUUCUUUUGGAAAAUUAUCACAAUCCGUCACUGAAUCGUGUAGAUUGUCUUGUAUGUUUUUGCAAUAGAAAUAUGCCGAUUGUGUUCAAACACUGAGCUCGCAGCGCAUCCACCGAGUGUCGGCUCACUCGCAUGGAAAGCAGAGACGACCCCCAACCCCCCUAUCUGAUCAAAUGUAUCGAGCUUUUUGUUAUAUUCUCUAGUGCGAUUUGUUCACUGCCUGCUCAGAUGCCUCAUGCAGUUUCUUACCAUGAUAAUGUGACAUUUAGUAUAUUUUAUCAGUCAACACCAGCACAUACACAAAUAGGCUACUAUGCAGAAUCUAGGCCAGGAUCACUGUACAUAGAGGAUUAAAUUAUUGUGACUUUAAAGGGUAAACCCACUUUUUCUAAUGUUUUUCUCUCCACCCCCUCCUCCCUCUGUCUAUAUGUGUGUGUGUGUAUGCCUUUAUCACAUGGCAUUCAGCCAGAAAUCCUCCUUGGAUUUAAAAAACACAAUGAGUGGACACAGUUUGUUGUGCUCAGGAUUUCACCAUUAGUCUCCAUAUAUAACCCAUCAAAAAGUAACAGAGAGUCAGAGUUUAUUUGGUCAGGUGAGAGUAUGGCCCAGGUAGAGGAGCCUCAAACUGAAGGAGAGGGAAGCCCUCAGAUGAUCUCCUUAAGAUCAGACAUAUCAGGGAACCAUGUCGACGAUGGAGAAGUUGGACCCUCCAUCAGGAGGAAGAGGAGGAAGAAGAAAGACCCGCGCCCGGAGUCCAUUAUUGUUUACCGCUCUGAAACGGAGAGGGCGCCGGGAGAGGAGCAGGGUGGUGAGGAGGGUGCAGAGAGGAGCGCUGAGGAGGGAGCUAAAUUCCUCUGCACACCCACAGGAGAAGGUGGAGGCUGGAACCUUCCUCCAGACAGCCGCUACGUGACUCUGACAGGCACCAUCACCCGGGGCAAGAAGAAGGGUCAGGUGGUGGACAUACACGUCACUUUGACAGAGAAGGAACUCAGAGACCUGGCCAGGUCAAAGGAACGUCUUGAUGCAGAGUGUGAGGCAGGGGAGGGCUAUAAGCGCCCCUGCGGCUUCGGUGUGUGCCAGGGACCCCACGUUGUCCUGUGGAGCAUCUCCUGUUUCCCUGUGGUUUUCCUCCUCUCCUUCAUCACCUCCUUCUACUACGGCACACUCACCUGGUACAAUGUCUUCCUGGUUUACAAUGAGGAGCGGACGUUCUGGCACAAGAUUACGAUAUGCCCCUUCCUCAUCAUCUUCUACCCCAUGCUCAUCAUGCCCAUGGCGCUGUCUCUGGCGCUGUACUCGGCUGUGGUGCAGGUGUCAUGGGCCUUCAGCGAGUGGUGGCAGGCGGUGAGAGACUUGGAGAAAGGCUUCUGUGGCUGGGCCUGUGGGAAGCUGGGUCUGGAAGACUGUUCCCCCUACAGCAUAGUGGAGCUGCUUGAUUCUGAUACAGUUUCUGGCACUCUGCAGAGCAAAGCCCCCAGUGAACACGCCCAGACAUCAUCGGUGUGAAGUAGGGUGACACUGAGGUCUUGUGAUGUAGGCCUUGAGUCGAAGGAGUGGUGAUAUGACAAACAAAUGCAAGUCAUGUCACAGGAGAAUAUUUUAAAGCUGCAUCACUGUACAUUUUUCUGAAAAUGACAACUUGUCAAACACUGCCUGAACUGUCCUUGAAAUGCUGAACUAUUACUACAAACAUUGUAAACCAUUGUUGGAUUCAAAUUAUGCCUCUGCGCAUGGGAGUAGUGAAGUUGGGUCAUUUUUUUUGCAACUUACAGGUUUUUUUUAUGGUUGUCACAGCUCCCCUCAGACCACUAAAUGACCACCAAUAAUUAUGGAACUGCACUCCUACUCAAACACCUUUUGAUACAUACAGGCCUUGAUUCCUAAGGUUUGGAUAAACUAACAGUGGACACUGAUAACACACAUUACUGGAGUUUCACUUCAUCUGUAAAUAUCUGUAACUAAAUGUGAUCACUGAUCAUCAGAAGUAGCGUUCUUUUCAAAGGCAUCACUGUCUUGUAUAUGAAGUCAUCACAAUCACCCAAUGAAGUUAUACAAAGCCUACACAAAGGGUUCACCUCAUAUGUGUCCCAUUAAAGGGGGUUAAUGCUUAUGCAAACAAGUUUUUGUAUUUGUAAUUAAUUUGUGUAAUUAAUAAGUGUCAAAAAAGCCAAUAAAACAUGAAAACUUCCACGGAGAGGUGAAUACUUUUUGUAGGCACUGUAUUUGAGCAGAGGCUGGAUUACCAACUGCACCAUGGCACCAGACACACAACUGCCCCAGAGAUGCCCUUUUUUAAACUGUGUGCCAAUUAGUUUGUGGAAAUGUAUGUAAACUGCAAAUUUUAUUGGGAAUUAAGCUCAAUAUCAGCUGAAACAAAAGGCACCUUAAGGUCGGUAAUGUCUUGUGGAGAGGCUCUGUGUCAACAUCAGGUUUUUAAAUACCUUUAUUAUUCCAGAUAAUAUUGAGCUCACAUGGUGCAUAUUCAUAAAUAGAUUUGUGUUUCAUCAAAUCACCAAAAACAAACCGAAGCACAGAAGAUUUAGGUGCUAGGAAGAAUCCCAGCAUUAGAGCACUUGUUGGUUUCUGGGCCUCUACGGUAAAUACAAGCUGUCAUGUGUAGUCUCCUGCGUGCUCCGUACUUGAUGGGUACUUGGAAGCGACAUGGGAGAGGAAGGGUGGUCAGCCCACAGCUAUUUUUUUGCCUAUAUGGCCCCACGAGCAGGUUAAUCCAGCCAUGAUUUAAGCCAUAGUCAGUACAAGCUGACAAAUGUCAAGUUCUCAUUUGUUUAUGGCACUAUCAACACAGAUGUCUUUGAUAUUAACUACACAUCUUCACAAUCUUGGUACACACAGGAGUAAAAUGAAGUUUUCUGUAAUUUUCCACCUGAGAAUUCCUGUUACAUUUUCCAUACAGUCAUAUGUUUAAUGUUGAUUUAAUUUAUUUUUAAUAUUUAAGUCUGCAUCUGAAAUUGUUGUAGCUAGGUGUUUUAUACUCUGGCACUUUGAAGUAAAUGUAUUACAAACAGUUAUUAUUAACUGCUUGAAAUACAUAGCUGAUGUGGUUGAUGAGGUUUACAGAUUAGAUGGUUUAAAUAUUUGGUGAUUGAAAUAUUUAUGGCUGGGUAAAGUAAUUCAGUUAUAUUUUCAUAAAGGCAUGGCUCUGUGGUUGUGAAUUAUGUCUGUAUGGGACAUUUUCUUGCAUUCCACAUUACAUGUUGUGAACCUACAGUAAAUACAGGCAAAGUAAAGGAAUACACAAAUGAA